AUGCUCCGCCAGGCUGUCCGAGGAGCUCGUUGGUAUCAGCAUGUGGCCCGCGGAAGUCCGUUCUUCCCGCGAGCAUUCGCCGCUGUAGCGCCACGCUCCAUACACUAUGGCGGUCCCAAAGAUAAGAUCAACUUCUACGAGCAGGAUACUCGUAAGAGUAAGACACGGCGGAAGGUCGAUCCGGAAGCAGAGGGACGCGCCGAGCAGGAAGACGCCGAGAAGGAACUCGCCCGCCUGACCCAGGAGCUGGAAGCGCUGAAGGAAGGCCCGUUUGGUCCCAAUAGUCAAUUCAUUCGAGAAUUACCCGAAGAGGAUAGGGCUAUUGCGCUGGAAGCACUCCGGAAAUAUGAGGAGGAUGAGGCGGCUGGGGCGGCUGGGGCGGCCGAUGUCAGUAUUAAGGAUCUCUACGAGAAGGAGCUCGACGGUCUCUUGAAGAACGAAUUCGAAAGCCUGGUCAAGGAAGAGGAGAGUUGGCAGUCUGACGAGGAGGAUGAUUCGCGUACACUGGUUGUGCGGCGCCCAUACGAAGUGGAAUUGGAGAACUCAGACUUGCAGCCGUAUGCCGACAAGUUGAACAAAUGCCUUCGACGGAUUGCGAGUGGCGACUCUAGCGUGCGCUGGGAACAGGAACUGUGGAGAUGGUAUCGCCGAUGCAAGCAGGUCGUCCCGAGAUUUGUGGAGUCCUUGUCAGAGGAGACACUGACUCUCCUGUGGGAUACUCUGGCUCUGAAAAAGUCCACCAAACCCCAGGAAACUGCACGGGUACGCACACUGGCUGAGGACGCGCUAUCGGCUGGCCUCACCCUUUCCACGCCUCGUAUUCUCACUUACAUCGAAACACUCCAUGAAUGCGGGGAUACUCAAGUGGCGUUGGAGAAAUGGGAAGCAUACCAGGCGGAGCUCAGCCAACGGAAAGAGGACCUGGAGGCAUACUGGAAAUUAGGAGUCCGGCUAUUUGCAGCAGAAAACGAUCCUCAACGAGCACAAGAUAUUGCGCUGGCCUUCUUAGCAAACGACAAGUCACGCCAACCACGCAUUCUGAUCCCAGUCAUCACAGCAUGGGGCAAGCGGACUGGGAAGGAAGCGGGAGUCAAAGCAUGGGCGAUGUACCUGCAGCUCAAGGCAUUCCUAGAACGGAAGAUGACGAUGGACGACUAUGACCAAGUCAGCAUUGGCUUGCUCAAAGCCGGCCGGCCAAGCCUUGCCAUCGCCGUGUUCAAAGACAUGAUGGUAACCAACAGCGAUCCCCGACACGACUCAACCUCUCUCUACAAGGCCGCCGUCGGCUUAGCAGGCAACCUGCAAGCGUCCAGCAUCUCCGAACAAGACGUGAACAAGGUCUCCCUCUCUACCCUCACCGUCCUGCCACGGAAGUUCCAGAACCGCUUCUUCUACGCCAGCUGGAUGAAGAAACUGAUUGGCAUGGGCGAGGUCGACUCCGCCGCCAUGGUCAUCGAGCUGAUGUACGAACGUGGCGUCAAGCCAGAUGCAAAGCACCUCAACGGAGUCAUUGCCGCCUGGCUACGCGACGGCAGCAGCACCUCGCGCGAGAAAGCCGAACGCCUCGGAUGGGCCAUGGUCCAGCAGCGAAUCGACCAAGUCUGGGCGCGCACCUCCACCGAGAAAGCCCCCCAACUCGACGUAAACCAAGAAAGCGCAGAGGACGUCCGACUGCCCGAGUUCAUGAAACGGCCCAUGCCCGCCGCCACGAUCGAGACCUUCUCCAUCCUCCUCCUCCACUACACACGGCGCAGCGACGGCGACAUGAUCAAAUACCUCGUCAAAUGUCUCGGCGACGGCCGCAUCCACCCCAACUCCUACUUUAUGAACCACCUCCUCUACGCCGAGCUCCGCAAACAAGACAUCGGCUCCCUCUGGAACAAAUACCAAUCCCUAUCCGCCAUCACCCAACCCGACCUCGAAACCUAUGCCUGCCUCUGGGACUGCGGCAAGCUGCAAUACGACCGCGGCCGAACCGCCUACGUAACCGACUUCCCCUCCGCGCGACAUCUCUUCUCCGACAUGAUUCGCUGGUUCACCAACCUCUCUGCGCGCGCACAAACCGCCACCCGCGACGAAUUCUCCAAGGAACUCUACGACCAAAUCAUCCGCUGCUUCUGUCUCUCCAAAGACCUCCCCGGCACGCUCAUCGCCCUGUACACCAUGCGCGCGCACUUUGGCUUCUUUCCCGACGACACCACAGCCCGUUUGAUCGUGCUACAAGUCGCCCGGUUAGCAGGUGUUCCGGCUGAGACACCCAAGCGCCGACUCCGGCGGUUGUCCAGCACACCUAAGAGCAAGGAGAAUAUCAGCCACGUUAAUCGGCUCGUAGAUAUCCUCAGUGAUCGGAAGCUCGGGGCGCUCGCGGCCCGUGGUCUGGAACUGAGUGAUCUCGAGCAGCACGAGCGCGAGCAGUAUCAGUUGGAGGUCAUGACGGAGCUGUUGCGCGUGGUGAUGGGUCGGCGGGCGGCUGGAGGGGAGGGUCACAGUGCGGUGGAAGAGGAGAUUGCGAAGGUUGCUGAGCAGAUGGGGGUAACGGGUGUGGAUUUCGGGAUGUCGCUGGGGGAUGAUUUGUUGUUGUAG